AAUAUCAGAUAUUAGAUGGUAAAAUAUCUGAAAAUAUCCAAAUAUAUUUUCAAUCUAAGAAAACACACAUGAUUAAAUUAUAAAUAAAAGGAAGGUCUAUUAUUGAUUAAACUACCGUAGAUUGUAGGGUUCCAACAAUCCGGUGGGAAGAAAUGGCGGGGCUGAGCUCGCGAUUGCCGCAAUGGGCAUUUCCCCGAGCGGUUUCUUCCGCAGCAGCGACGCAUAGGAAUCGGAGGCUCGUCUUGUACAGCAAACCCGGCUGCUGCCUCUGCGAUGGGCUCAAAGAAAAGCUCCAAGCCGCGUUUUUGAUUGGGGGUGACGCGAGUUCCCUCGCUGGGACGCUCUUGGAGGUGAGAGACAUAACUUCCAAUCCGGAAUGGGAGAAGGCUUACCAGUAUGAGAUACCUGUUCUAGCUCGGAUCAAAGACGAUGGGCUGGAAGAAGUUCUUCCAAGGAUGUCGAUGCGUAUCAGCGUGGAGCAACUCCACAAGAAAAUGGGAGCACUGUUGGACGAUUCAUAGCUGUGAUUGCCAAGUUAUAUUGUAGAUGGUGUGUGACAAAAAACAUAGAACCUGGAUCGUUUUACCAAUCGAGGCCCAAGUUUCUCGAGAGAAACAAGGUCUCUACGUGAUGAAUCACAGGCUUGACACCACCCA